CUUUGCGCGUUGAUCAUGGAGUUGAUUCUGAAUCAGAAUUGCGCCGGUGAUGACGGAAAUCCCCACAUGUUCGCGGACCUCGUCCUGGUGGGGAGAUUUAAGGUCAGGAUUCUUUCGAGGCACAGCCAGUUCUUCGCCAAGUUUCUUCCCAUAAUGGACAAGUUGAGAAUAUUCUGGGUGCUCUUCACCAUCGUGACUGUACGUUCAGCCUUCGGCAAGAUAUAUUUCGAGGGGAUGGACUACCCACCGGUAUUGCAGGAGGCGAAGAAACCGGCCCAAGAAACUGCGAACCAGGCCCAUUCAGUUCAGACACGAUACCAAUCUGGACCAGUCGUUCAAACGGCGGGAAAGAACGAUUCUCUACUUCCAAGUGCUAACCGUCCAAUGCCAGCUGUAAACCACCAAAAUCAACCCGGAAGCCAGCCUUUGCCAGCUACAAACCACCAAAAUCCUCCCGGAAGCCAGCCUUUGCCAGCUGUAAACUACCAAAAUCCGCCCGGAAGACAGCCUUUGCCAGCUGUAAACUACCAAAAUCCGCCCGAAAGACAGCCUUUGCCAGCUGUAAACUACCAAAAUCCGCCCGAAAGACAGCCUUUACCGGCUGCAAACCACCAGAAUCCAGCAGCACCCGGCAGCCAACCAUCUCCAGCAAUAACAAAUUUACACCAUUUACUUUCCGGGCCGAACUCAGCCAAUCCUUCCGAACCAGCGCUUAAGGCUUCCAUGCUGAAGUACAUCGGUCGCGGAUUGACCGAGAUGACACUACAAAUGCAGAGGGUCCUCAGCGAAAAGAAGUCCAACGUGUUCUUCGCCCCCGUGAGCAUCGCCUCAGCACUCGCUCUGUUACUUCUUGCUGCGAAAGGUCAAACCGCCAAGCAGAUCGCCAACUGCCUCGGUUUUCCCGUAGGAGAUGACUUAUCUUACAGGGAAGAAGAAACCCAUCAGCUGCUGGGAUUGUUUUUCAACGAGCUGAAGAGUGGUACGAGCAACAUCAGCUCCCAGUUGGCCCUUGCCAACGGAAUCUUCAUCCAGAACGGCCUUCUCAUCAAACCCCAGUUCAGAAACAUUGUUACAGCAGCCUACAAAAGCGAUGUAUACUCGGUCGAUUUCAAAAACAAGAGGACCGACCCCUCAAUCGCAAUUAACUACUGGGUGGCAAAUCGGACUCACGGACGUAUAAAGUCAGUAUUGGGCGAGCCAUUACCGCCAUCGACUGUAGCCGUUCUGAUCAACGCCAUUUAUUUCAAUGGAAACUGGGAGUACCCGUUCUACCACACAAGCAUACGGAAAUUCUACGUGACGCCCAAAGAGGCCAUCCUUAUCCCGAUGAUGCACAACGAGGCCAAGGUCCCGUUCCUGAUGGACAAGGAGGCGGGCUUCAAGAUGAUCGGCUUGCCCUACAAGGGUGAUGAGCAUCUCAUGUAUUCCAUCAUUCCUGACGGUGACCUCGACACUUUCAUCGGAACGCUGACCGCCGACCGAAUCUACGACUUGAUCAACAGAACAGUGGAAGAAAUGACAAUUAUAUUGUUUCCGAAAAUGAAGUUAACGAUGGAAAUCGACCUUCACACGACUCUGGACCGGCUGGGUGUUAAGGACGUUUUCAUUCCUUCUAAGGCGGACCUCAGCUCCCUCGCGAAGGGUGUGUCCGUCAGCAAGGCUGUACACAAAGCUGAAAUCGAUGUAAACGAAAUGGGAACAACCGCAUCCGCAAUCACUCUAGUCUCUAUGAUCAGGGCAAGCGUGCAUCCGACUUUCGUGGUCUCGAAACCCUUCGUCUUCUUCAUCUACCACAAACCCACCCAAGCCAUCACCUUCUGGGGGACGGUCUACAAGCCGACGUUAUAGAGGCGUCAACGCUUCCACUGAGUCUUUAAUCAAAUUAUUGACUCUCGGUUAAAAAACCAAAUAACAAUUCAAAUUUGUAAAUAUUUCAAUUAAUUAUUCUUGUUAAAGUUUUGAUUGAGAUGAAAAAGUUAGUGUCACGAGCGGGAUUCGAACCCACGGCCUUCGACUCAAUACCCGCUGCUCUAACCACUUGAGCCACGUGACUUCUAUCCCCUCGGACACCAACUCCUCAUCUCAACCUAAAAUCUUUCGAAUUUUCUCUCUUUUUGCCAUUUUUGUAAAUAUUAUUGUAUAGAUAUAACGUGAUUCUAGUCCUUUAACUAUGAUAAUGAUAUCUGGUUAUUUAUUUUUAUCUAUUAAUAAUUCAUAAAAAAAAUAAUAAAUUUUUAUUAAAUUUUA